GACAGCGAUACGAGAAAGACGCUGCCAAACGGCUUAGCGUGUUCUCAAAACUUAACGCGAUUACUGCAGUUAAACUGAGAGUGUUGCGUGUCAGUGUUAGUGAUGUCUAUAUGGAACAAUUUAAACUCUUGUCUAGUAGACGAGCGUUGACUGAGGGAAUGGAACCGAACCACCAGCUGGUUGAGGAGGUGUUUCUCCUCGCACUGUUUUUGGUUUCAACCGCAGGCAACUCGCUGUCCCUGUUGGUCUUCUGUCGACGACCAGGAUUGAGGACGAUUUCAAAUCGAUUUGUCAUCAAUCUCCUGGCUACCAAUUUGGUAACGACAUCCCUGCUCGCGCCCGCAUUGUUUGGCGAGCACACUGCACGGGAGAAAGAGGGUUGGAUCGAGGCAGGAGACGCGGCCGCCGCAGCAUAUAGCUUGGCAGCACUUCUUGCUGUUAUGCUUAUCUCUGUGGACCAGCAUCACGCAGUCACCGACCCCCUUCGUUGCCACACGCGGCUGCUACAGCGCCGCCCCGCUGCUCUUUGCGCCGCGACCUGGCUUAUAGCGGCCAUAGCGGCGUCUUCUCGCGCCGCCAUUGCUGUUGUGCGACACUACUACCCCUUGCCGGCUGUUCAAACAGCGGAAUUAGCGUAUUACAUCGUGUAUCUAAUAGCUGGAAUCCUCACCCCAGUGGCUAUAGUUUGUAUCAUGUACGCAAGAAUUUACCGUGCGGCUAGGUCUUCGGGCCUUCGGGCCAGAGCACAAGGUGCUAGUGCUCUUCAACUACAUGAGCCUCAUAUUAAUUUGCCUGAAGUCAUUGAGGAAGGCGAGGGGUUGACUCUCAAAAUAGAUAUGCCAGAAGACGUAGUAGAGGCUGAGCACAAAUUUGGUCCAUUCCUUCUUCCACCUGAACGACCACUUCGUUGUCCCUCUAUCGCAAGCUUAAGAAAUUCUCGAAAGGAGGGAAAAUCGAAUGAAGAUUUGAGAAAAGGUUUGCCAGCGGUGAGUUCUGCGCCGUCACUUGCUGUGCCUCUACUAGCAAUGCAAACACGUGCUCCAGCGCCUUCAAACAACGGUUCAAGGAUUACGUCUAUCCGGUGUCGCAUAUCGAAUGCAUCAUUGUUUAGAUAUAGGGAAGAAUCUCGUGCAGCCCGAGUGGGACUAUUGACGGGUGCACUAGUGAUGUUGCAUGUGCCGCACGCGGCAGUGGCUGUUGUGUCAGCAGUCGCGCCGGGCUUAGCGUCAUGCGUACGGACUCCUGCGUUAGUGUUAUUGUUACUCGCUUCAGCGUUGUCACCAUUCCUAUUUGCGUUGCGCUCGCGUCGUGUUCAGCGGGAAGCGAGGCGACUUUUGCUUCCUGAGAAGAGUGCGUGGGAGAGAACGUCUGCGUCGACGGCGGCGGCGGACGGGCAACGCGCUCGUGCUGCCCUUGAGCUGCUGCGAACGUUGACCCCAGACAGCGAGAGAAGAGAGAGUGGAGAAAACCGCACCUCAGUGUCGGGAAACGGAUCAGAGGGGGCGUGUCGCAGUUCCUUCAGUUCUGGAGGCAGCACGCAGCUGUCUUCCGCGUCGGACGAGUGACCGGUGCAUCUGGGGCCCCAGCCGCCCCGCGGGCCCCUUCAGGCCCCGAUCUCGCGGGUUCGAUUCACCCCCCGCCCCACCGCUCUACAAAUCUGUGAUACUAGGAUAAGGCGCCCCGCCCUCGGCGCGACCGUUAGACUGAUUUAGCAUAAGAAUAUUUAUUACUGUGUCCAAGUACCUUUCCGCUCAGCGGAAAAUUUUAUUACCUGAUGAUAAAUGU